GAGAUAGAGAGAGAGAGAGAGAGAGAGAGAGAGAGAGAGAGAGAGAGAGAGAGAGAGAGAUCAGUGUCUGCGCGCGUGGUUUCCCCUGUAUUGACUAUUUGUCGCGUGCGCGCGCAGCGGACCCCCGCAAGAACCCCAACCCCACCCCACCCACCCCUUUUCCUAAAAACUCCACCUCCCACUCGUGCAUGGGAUUCUCCUUUCACCGAAUGAACGUCACGUCACGCCACGCAGGAGGCAGCGCGAGCGCAGGACGGCGCCUUCACGCUCCGCUUCUCCCGCGCUGCUCUUUUUUUUCUUCUCCGGCUCUUAUUAAAGAGUCAUGAAUAACGAUUAUUCCGGGGGCAGGAGCUCAGCGACGGCAUGCACACGCACACACUCUCUCUCACACACUCACACACAUACACACACUCCCGAGCCCAAAAAACACCGGAUGAGGAAGAAGGAUAAGUAAGGCUCGUGGAGCUCGAGGCAGGGUACCGAGUAGGAGAGUCGGACAGCGCGGUGAAACAUAAACGGAUCUCCUCGCGCACACGCACGCACUUUUCUAUCAGCGUAUCCGAUCUUCCCCGAAGUCGGGUCGUUGUGUGUGUGUGUGUGUGGUGUGUGUGUAUGUGUGUGUGGGAUUAGAUUCUAAAUUCCAGAUGUUAGUGCACACUUACUCAGCCACGGACCGCCAUGACGGCGUACCGGGCCACAGCUCGAGACUCUCCCAACUCGGUUCGGUGUCUCAGGCUCCGUACUCCACCGCGCCGCCGCUCUCGCAUGCGCCCUCCUCGGAUUUUCAGCCACCGUACUUCCCUCCGCCGUACCAGCCGCUGCCGUACCCGCAGAGCCAGGACCCGUACUCACACGUGAAUGACCCAUACGCCCUAAACGCCCUGCACCAGCAGCACCAGCAGCACCCGUGGGGCUCGCGCCAGCGACAGGAUGUCGGGGGAGAUAGCGCGUCUCUGCUGCCGCAACCGAGAGCUUCUCUUCCGCCACAGCUCUCCGGUCUCGACCCGCGCACCCGGGAUUAUUCCUCUGUGCGCCGACCGGACGUCCUACUGCACUCGGCGCCGCACGGCCUCGAAGCCGGGAUGGCUGACAGCCUGUCUCUGCAAGGCCUCGCGCACGGCAUGGACGACACGCACGUGAGUUUUGUUGCUGUAGAAGACGCAAAUAACAGUGGAAUGAAUAUCUUGGAUCAAUCCGUUAUCAAAAAAGUCCCGAUGCCUCACAAGAGCGUCACGUCCCUGAUGAUGAGUAAAGACGGGCUGAUUGGCGGCGUCUCCGUGAACGUGAACGAGGUGUUCUGCUCGGUACCGGGCCGCCUGUCUCUGCUCAGCUCCACCUCCAAAUACAAGGUGACGGUGGGAGAAGUGCAGCGGAGACUCUCACCGCCCGAGUGCCUCAACGCCUCACUGCUCGGCGGGGUGCUGCGCAGGGCGAAGUCGAAAAACGGCGGCCGAUCUCUGAGAGAGAAGCUGGAAAAGAUCGGGCUGAAUUUGCCAGCAGGAAGACGCAAAGCUGCCAACGUCACUUUGCUGACGUCACUGGUGGAAGGGGAAGCUGUUCAUUUAGCGCGAGACUUUGGCUACAUCUGUGAAACUGAGUUCCCCACCAAGGCCGUGUCCGAGUACCUGAACCGACAGCACACGGACCCCAACGAGAUCCACGCGCGGAAAAACAUGAUGCUCGCGACAAAGCAGCUGUGUAAGGAGUUCACAGACCUCUUGGCGCAGGACCGCACUCCGCUUGGGAAUUCUCGUCCGACGCCCAUCCUGGAGCCGGGAAUCCAGAGCUGUCUGUCUCACUUCAGCUUCAUUACGCACGGCUUCGGCUCGCCAGCCAUCUGCGCUGCGCUCACUGCGCUGCAGAACUACCUGACCGAGGCUCUCAAGGGCCUCGACAAGAUGUUCAUCAACAACCAGACCUCCAACCGGCACACUCCGGCCGAUGGCUCGAAAGGAGGAGAGAAGGACGAGAAACACAGGAAAUGAGGCACAAUGUUGGGAAAAGAGAAGAGGCUCAAAGAGUGCUUCUUAUCAGAUGUGUCCAGAGAUUCUUUGUACUCAAGAUUUAUGAUGUUCUGUUUUUCGUUCUUGUGAGGGGGGGAAGGGAGGGGCUGACACGUCAACGGAGAGGAAAAGAAAGAAGGCAAAGUGGAGGAGAGCUGUAAGGAACUUGACUCCUCUGAAGCACUUGUGCAAAGCUGUCAUUAUUCAUACGAGCCUGGCGACAUUUUAAACACGUUUUAUCAAAAAGACAUUAACAAAGAACGACAGACAGACAUACACAGGUGUGGCAUCUCUGAGAAACAUGCCGUCACUCCACUGCCAGCCUUUAACCACAGACACUGAAGAAAGGAAAAGAUUUUUGUUUAGUACAAUGCCCGGUGACAUUGAUACUAUCUUCCCAGGCUGUCUUAUAACUCUUGAUUUUGCUGCGUGAAGGCAUGACUUGAGUGUUUAUUUUGAAUUCAGAGUGUUUAAAUGAUCGUAAUUGAAUCUUCUUAGCUCUAAACACAGGCAACUGAAACAUCUUCCCAUUUAGCUCAUGAUGACAUGGGUUUUCAGGACCGGAUCAUUAUAUCAGUGUUAAAAUGAACCACUGGAUUUUCACUAUAUCUAUAAUCAGAGGGCGUAUGUGAUGUCAUGUGACUCUGGGCUGAGCUUAGAACUCUGAAAUCACUCUAACGUCAUCUCACUUAGGACUUCAUUCAUAAUCAAACCAGCAGCAGCAUCCUGCAUGGCUAGAGAUUUCCAGCACAUUUUACAUACAUGCUUUUUUUUUUUUUUUUUUUUUUUUUUUUUUUUUAAAAA